GUCUCUUAAUUGCUGAAAAAUACAAUACAAUUGAAGUAUGCAUUGAUCUUUAGAAUGAUAAGCAUGGUAACACCUUCCUUUCAUGUGUCUUUGUGACUUGAAUUGUAAUUGUCAUCCAUUCUCGAAAACCCAAAUCAAAACUGUAUAAAUACAAGCAAAAGAAAAAAAAACAUUAGUUUUCGAAAUCAUCAAUACCACAAUGAUACAAACCAAAGGGUUCUAUUUGCUUUUCAUUUCCUUCCUUCUUCUCGUUGUCUCUGCUGCUCCUACGAACGGUAAAAGAGGCAGUUAUACUGUGCCUGGUCUCGGAGCUCGUAAGCAACAGGUUCUCAAAAAUGGUGGUGGCAUCUAUGAUCUCGCUAUUGCCAUGUUAGAAAGUGACCAUAUGAAGGCUGAUUAUGCCUAUGGUGAUAACAAAUCUUUUGAUUCUGCUAAUUUUGGUAUCUUUAAACAAAACUGGUUUAUGCUUCGCACCUCUACCUCUCAAUUCAAGAAAUAUCAGACCAAGGACUAUAACAAGGGAGCUGUCUUGAACAAGAAGCUUGCUCAAGACAUUAAAGCCAGACAAGAAUCUCAGGCAUUCUAUGGUGCUGACAAAUGGUUUGGUGGACACAGAAAUGGUGAAUCUGGUCUCAACAACCCUUAUACUCAAGACAUUCAAAACUAUAAGGAUGCUAUCCAAUGGAUCCAUGAUCAAUUAGCAAGUGAUCCUAAAUACCUGAAAGACGAUACCAGAUUCUAUGUUGAAGUAGUUGCUAUUUAAAUUAAAGAUCAGCAUGGUCGCCAUUUGUCUUCACCUUAAUAACCUUCUCAAUAUCAAAAAAGUCAUAGUUUAAUUUUCUUAAACACCAGCCUUUCCUCUCAGUCUUGAACCGAAAAG